AUGGCCAAGAGAAGACAUAAGACUAGAACCCAUGUUAGUCCAUCUGAAGAUGAAAUUAAACAAAUCCCGAAAUCAAUGGUUAUCCGUGUUGGUCAAACAUCUAUGGGAAACCAUUCAUUGAACCAAUUGGUUAAGGAUUUUCGUACUAUAAUGCAACCGCACACAGCUGUGAAGUUGAAAGAAAGAAAAUCCAACAAGCUAAAGGAUUUUGUUGUUAUGUGUGGACCAUUGGGGGUAUCUCAUUUGUUCAUCUUCACUCAAUCUGAAAAAACUGGUAACGUUUCUUUAAAGAUUGCUAGAACUCCACAAGGUCCUACGGUUACUUUUAAAGUUUUGGAUUAUUCUCUAGGGAAGGACUUGAAGAAAUAUUUGAAGAGGCCAAAAUCUUUAGAUAAGGAUGAUAUUUUGAAUCCGCCAUUAUUAGUAUUAAACGGCUUCAAUAUUAAAAAUGGAGAUGAGAGCAAGACUAGCGUUGAAAAGGUUGUUGUAUCUAUCUUUCAAAAUACUUUCCCGCCAUUGAAUCCUGGUAGGACUCGUUUAUCUUCCAUUAGACGAGUGCUUAUGAUUAAUAAAGACCAAGAAACAGGUGAAAUUUCCCUAAGACACUAUGCUAUCGACAUUCGAGAGGUGGAAAUUUCGAGGAACUUGAAGAAGUUAUACAAAUCCAAGAGUAAAUUAAACAAAGCUGUGCCAAACUUGCACCGAAAAGAUGAUAUUGCAUCAUUGAUUUUAGAUCACGAUAUAGGUGCCUAUACCUCUGAAUCUGAGGUUGAGGAUGAUGCUAUAGUCAAUGUGCUGACUAAAGAAGAUGCUAAAGUGAGGUUUAACCACCAUAGAGAUCCGCGAACUCCGGUCAAGAAUGAUGGGGAUGAUGAAGACACCGAGAUGGGCAAUGCUGAGGAACCUGGAACUGGUCUGGACGAGGAUGAGGGCCCUCAUCAGAAGGAUGACGAUCCUCGCCCAAGAAAAAAGGCCAUUAAAUUAACUGAGGUCGGCCCAAGAUUGACGUUGAAUCUAGUUAAGAUUGAAGAAGGCAUUUGUAAUGGCAAAGUUCUGCAUCAUGAAUAUAUCCAAAAGACGGAUUAUGAGAUUAAAGCGCUAGAAAAGAAGCAUGCUGAGAAACAGAAAAUAAAAGAACAGAGGAGGAGGGAGCAGGAACAAAACAUUGCAAGGAAGAAAGCCACAAAAGAAGCAAAAAAGCAAAGGAAGAUGGAGAGACGGAAAGCUCGUGGGGCUUCUGAGGCCGGUGGUGAACUGAAUGACAACAACGGAAAGGGCACUUCCAUAUCGGAAUCAAUAGAUUCCGACUCAUCUAGUGAAGGUACAUACAGCGACGUUCCAGAGGAUCUAGACAGUGACUUGUUCAGCGAAGUCGAAAAUUAA